AUGUCCCUCAGUCGUCCCUGUUUCCUCUCGCGCGGCUCGUUCGCACUGCGCGGAGCACGUGCGAAGGUAUCAUCUCGCGGAAUCGCAACGCAAGUAGUUCCAUUACUCGCACGGCCUGACAAUCACCCCCUCUCUUCCGCUACGUCUUCCGCGGCCAGGGAUCGCUCCGCCGUGUCUCCGCGCGCCAGCCUGCCCCGCAUGGCCGGAUCAACCGAGCGGCGCGGAUCCGCCGCCGUAACCGCAGCUGCAGCCGCUGCGACGGCGGCGACGUCGCCGGUGCCGUCGCUGGAGGAGCUGCGUGCGACGGUGGAGGAGCGCGCGGGCGCGCCGCUGGGGCAGCGGGAGCGGCUGUCUAAGGCGGCGCAGCGGCUGUUCGGCUCGGCGGAGAGCGACGUGCGCGUGACGCUGUACCGCGAUAACUCCGCGUGGUGCCCGUACUGCGAGCGCGUGUGGCUGCAGCUGGAGGAGAAGCAGAUUCCCUACGUAUUCUCUCCCACCUCCUCUCACUCUUUAUCCCCAUUCUCCCUCCUCCUUUCCCUGCCCGUCCCUUUUCACCCUUCUCCUCGUCCCCUUACUCGCACCAGUCCUCCCCUCUUCCCCGUCACCCCCUCCCCCCCACCUUCCUCCCUCUGCCCCCAGUUGGACGGCAAGGUGAUAACGGAAUCCCUAGACAUCAUGUUCGCUAUAGAGCGCGCUUUCCCCUCGCACGUGCCCCUGCUGCCGCCAUCCUCGGACCGCGCGGCAUGGCAGCGGGUGGAGCGGCUGCUGCGCCUGGAGAGGCAGCUGGCGGGCGCGUGGCUGCAGUGGUCGCGCAUGGGGGACGGCGGGGGCGGACUCAUGGGGGGGAUGUUCAGGCGCGGAGGCGGAGGGGGGAUGGGCGCGGGGCAGCGCAUGUUUGAGGAGGCGCUGAAUGCCGUGGACGCGGCUCUGCUGGAGGGCGGUGGGCCGCUCUUCAUGGGCGAGCAGGUGAUGGGGGGGGAAUGGGGAAAGGGCGGAGGGGAUGGGCGGAGGGGAUGGGCGGAGGGGGUGGGCGGAGGGGAUGGGCGGAGGGGGUGGGCGGAGGGGGUGGGCGGAGGGGGUGGGCGGAGGGGGUGGGCGGAGGGGGUGGGCGGAGGGGGUGGGCGGAGGGGGUGGGCGGAGGGGGGAUGGGCGGGGGAUGGGGAGAGGGGGUGGGUGGUGGGAUGGGAUUCAAUGGGCAUUCCACCACACCUCGCUCCCCGUCCCUCUUCCCUCCCCCGUACGCAGUUCUCCAUGGUCGAUGCAGUGUACGCGCCAUUCCUGGAGCGCACAGCAGCCAGCAUCCCCUUCUGGAAGGGCCUCACCGUGCGCGGCAACCCGCGCUGGCCUGCACUCAACGCCUGGUUCACCGCUAUGGACGCCCGCCCGCCCUACCUCGCCAUGAAGUCCGAUGACUUCACCAUCACCCACACGCUCGAGCCGCAGAUCGGUCCCGUUGCUCUCGCCGACGCAGGGGCUGCGCACCGGGAUUAUAUAGAGGGGCGGGACGGGACUGGUUCGUGGGAUCUGCCGUUACAGCCGGAGGUGACCGCGUGGGGGGAGGACGAUGGGACAGGGGGGCCGGGGCGGCAGGCGCAGCAGGAGGCAGUGGAGUCGAUUAUUCUCAACCAUGAGUUGUUGGUGUCCUUCUGCCUUCGGGCCUUGCGGCAGCAGUCCUUUCCACGUCAGCGGGCCACGCUGAUUGGAGGACGGCCCCGGCUGCAGCCGCCGUCGGACGCUGAGCUGGAGGCAGCGAGGGAACGGCUGGCGCCAGCUGUCAGCGAGGCGCUGCGCCACGUGGCGCACGCUCUGCUGGAGGGCACGGAGGCGGUGGGGGCAGCAGUGCAGGCAGGGGUGCUUGGGGCGUUGAGUGGAGAGGAGCAGGAGGAGGUUGCGGUGUGUGUGGCGUAUCUGAGGGACAGGGUGGGAGUGCCCAGGGACCUCACUUACCCUGCUGCAAGGCAGCUGAGGGCGCACCUGCAGUGGGUGGUACGGCUGCUGGGCUCCAAGGUGUAG